AUGAACAAACCAGAAGCACACGAACUUUUCGAUCUUGAAGGUGAAAUCAAGCUUCGUGAAGAGAAGAUUGAAAAGAUGCCAAAUGCUGCUAAUUUUAUUGUCAACAAGGAAGAUCACACUCUUGGAAAUAUUAUUAGAAUGCGUUUACAUGAGGAUAAACGUGUUUUAUUUGCCGGAUACAGAAAUCCUCACCCUCUGGAACAUCACAUUGAAAUUAAAAUACAAACAACCGAUGAUAUUGAACCAAGAGAUGCUCUCGUAGGAACAAUAGAUUCUCUGAUUAGAGAUUUUAAUUAUAUGAAGAGGGAAUUUAAACAUGCUGCUAAGGAAAUUAAUAAUAAUUUUGUUGCCUAUGAUGAUGAACAUGACGAUCAUCACGGACAUCACUAUGAUGAAGAUGAUGGUGUUGAGGAUUUCCAAUAA